AUGCACGUCACCUACAAGCUCUCUGCGGCAAGUUAUCCCUACGUCUUCGCCCACCAUCGACAGUCCCGUUGCGACACCCCCACGCGCAUGUCGCCGCCCUCUCUUGCGCAGUCACUCCUUACCAAGUGCAGCAGCACUCUGAUUUGCUACAUCCGCGCCGCGCCUCUCUGGAUUGUCGUCAUCCUCGGCCUCCUUGCCGGCGCCGUCCGCCAUUUUUUGUUUCCUUCUCCUUCUCCUCCUCGACAACCACCGGCACCUCACCCUGCACCGGCACUGAGGGCCCGCGCCGCCGCCGCCGUGUCGAAGCAAGAAUAG